CUCAGGUAGCAAUUAUAGGGUCCGGGCCAGCUCUCCCGCGCGAGCUGCCCUCCGUUGGGGGCUGCGAUAAAUGCACCUCGUCGCCCUCUAGCAAAACCGUUCAACUAUGAAUCUAGAGGCCAAAAGUGUGGAGCAGAAGCUCCAGGUGCUCACGCACCAGAACCAGCGCCUGGCGGUCCAGCUUGAGGAGAAGCGCAAGGCCAGCAAGGCGCUCGAGGACAAAGUCUCCGCGCUAGAGCAGAAGGAGUCAGAAUACCAGCAGACUCUACUCUGCACAGGGCGGCUAUGGAGCCAGUUCACGGACAGCAUCACGCACCUGUGCGCCAACAUGGCCGGCUUUGCCGAGCUACGGCCCCCGCCGGCCGCCGAAAAGGCGCCGUCGGUGCGCGACCCGUUCGUGCAGCGGCUCGUCUCGGACGCGCUGCAGGUCAAGCCGUUGCUGGACUCGCAGAAGCGCAUCGACGCCGAGCUGAGCGACGUGGAGCAGGCGCUGGUGGAGCGCUCGCGCACGGUCAAGGACGCGCUCGGCACCAUCCUGGACGCGGUGCGGUCCGUCCACGCGCGGCAGGACGAGCUGUCAGCGCAGCUGCGUAGCAGCGCAGCCGCGCCAGCGGCCGCUGCCGCCUCCGCCGACGCUAGCGCCUCAGCGGAGGCGCUGGCGAGCGAGAACGCGCGGCUCGGGAACGAGGCCUCGGCGCUUCGCCGAGAGCUGGACGGGCUCCGCGCAACCGCCUCCGCCGCCGCCGAAGAGCUGCGGCUGUCGGAGGGCCGCCGCGCCGAGGCGGAGGAGCGCAUCCGGCAGCUGCAGAACGAGCUGGCCGACACCGAGCAGGAGCUCAGCAACGUGCAGAAGAAGUACCUCACGAUAAAGAACAGCGCCGCCGCCGCCGCCGGCGUGGGCGUCGCGGGGGCGCCCGGCGGCGCCUCCGGCGCCGCGGCCGGCGCAGCAGGCCCCGGCGUGGGCGGCUCCACCGCCGCCGCAGGAGGCGAUGCCGCGGCCGGCGGCGGAGCCGCCGGCGGCGGCGGCGGCGCCGGGGGCGCCGCUGGCGGCGGCGCGGGGCCCAGCCGCCAGGGCAGCCUGCCCGGACCGCUGGCGUCGGCGCCGUCCACGAACGGGGCGCUGCCGGACCCGGACGUGAUGGAUGAGGUGGCGGAGCUGCAGGCGCUGCUGGCCAAGCGCAGUUCGGACCUGGAGAAGGAGAAGGAGGCGCACGCGCGCAGCCGGCGCGAGCUGGCGGAGGCGGCGGCGCGGGUGGGCGACGAGGCCUGGGUGCCCUCCACCCGCACCUACGCGCUUAUGCAGCAGCAGGCGGCUGCGCUGGGCGAGGCUCUGGCGGUGCGGUCGCGCGAGCUGGAGGCGCUGGCCCGCGAGCGCGACGAGGCCAUGCAGCAGGCGGAGGGCCGGGCCAGCCUGGCGGCGGCCGAGGCCGCCGCCCGCUCUAAGCUGACGGUCCUGGAGCGCUCCUUCCGCGAGCUGCAGUUCGGCAAGGCCGAGGCCGACCGCGCCCGGGCCGAGGCGGAGCGGGCGCUGCAGGCGGAGCGGGCUCGCGGCGGGUCGGUGAAGACGGUGUCGGAGCUGCAGGCGCUGGUGGGCAGCCUGCAGGCACAAGUGGCGGGGCUGCAGAAGCGGGACAAGCUGGAAAAGGCCUCGCAGGAGCGGCUGGACGCAUGCGCGAAGGAGGUGGUGGAGGCGGCAGCGGCGGCGGCCAAGAAGGACCGCGAGCUGCAGAGGGCCAAGGACAAGCUGCGCAAGCGGGAGAGCGAGGUGGAGGAGGCCCGCAAGCGGGAGGCGGCGCUCAAGGAGGCCAUCGCGGACCUGCGGGCGUUUGUAGACGUGACGACGGUGUACUGCAACGACCCGCGGGACGUGGUGGCGCUGCGGGCGGCGGAGCAGGUGCUCAAGUCGCAGGUGGCGGACCUCAAGCAGCAGCUGCAGGGGCACGCACUGCACGGGACCAUCCGCGAGCUGGCGGCUGCGGAGAAGGCGGCGCGCGCUGCGGCGGAGGGCGCGGCGGCGGAGGCGGACGAGGCGCGGCUGGCGGUGGCGGCGGCGCAGCGGCAGGCGGCGGAGGUGGCGGCGCAGUUGGCGCACAGCCGGAGCGAGAUCGAGCUGUACACGCAGGAAAUCGAGGCCAUGGCCUCCGCCUACGAGGAGCUGCAGGCCCAGAACGGGCGGCUGGUGGCGCUGCUGGCGGACAAGGACGAGGCCACAAACGCGGUGGUGGCGGAGCGGCUCAAGCUGUCCCAGGAGGUGCCGCAGCUAACGGAGGCCGCCGCCGCCGCGCGCGCCGAGGCGGAGCGGCUGCAGCGCGAGGUGGCGGAGGCGGCGGGGGUGCGCGAGGCGCUGGAGCGGGACCUGGCGCGACUGGCGGGCGAGCUGGCACAGGCCAAGGAGCAGCUGCGGGCGGGCACCCUCAAAAUCGAGGCGGCGUCACUAGAGGUGAAGCGGCGCGAGGACGCGCUGGCGGCGCUGCAGCAGCAGCUGGAGGGCGCGGCGCGGCAGGUGGACCUGAAGCGACAGGCGCUGGAGGAGGCGGACCAGAAGCAUGUCAAGGAGAAGAGCAAGCGACAGCGCGUGGAGGAGGAGGUCAAGUCGCUGCAGGGCAAGGUGGAGAAGCUGAAGAAGGCCGCCACGCCCUCGGGCGCAGCCAGAGAGCUGCAGGAGGAGGUGGACGCCAUGCGUCAGUUGCUCAACUGCAACGUGUGCCACGAGCGCCAGAAGAACCGCAUCAUCACCAAGUGCUGUCACGUGUUCUGUGACGUGUGCAUUGACCGCACCCUCACUGCGCGCAACCGCAAGUGCCCGGGCUGCGGCAUCGUGUUCGCCAAGGGUGACAUUAAAACCUUCUUCUUCACCUGAUUCAGCCACUGCUCAUUGUACGAUACGUGUUGGCGACCGGAGCGACGUGUGAAAAAGAAAAGGCAUUCUCUGAGUCGCAGACUGUUUCGCGUGUAUGCUGAUGAUGUGAUGGGCUCGGCUCUUCAAAUGGUUUGGCGAGGCUUGCUCUGUUACCGCCAGGGCUCUUUAUGCAGGGGUUGAGAAGCAGGAGCGGCGGAGCAUGUGCAGGGGGGGCGAUGACGGCGCUUGCCGCGCUUUGUCACGCGGCGCGUUGGCUGGCGGUAUGGGCGAGGGCUGCUGCGCGCAGCCGGGCUGAGGCAGUGCUGCUGUGAACUCUGGGGCCCGUACCGUAGUGCCGCGGCAGGAAAGCGGACAGUGUUAACGGACGAACGUGGCUGAGCAGUCGGCGACCGUGUUCAGUCCCUUGGGACUGGAACUGGACUGGGAGCACCACACGCCUCCUGUCCGGGCUGAACAGGGCGCCCCAAAACCGCACGCUUCAGGAUAUGAUUGCUGGUUCGCUUGCAUGGGGUGGUGAUGCGGUCAGGAUCCGGCUGGCAAUGCCGAUGGCCGGUGCAAGGCAGGCCCUCGUGUGAUGCACGGGCCAAUGUGUCCAUGACGUGUCAAUGGCGAGGUUUCAAGAGCCCCGUCGCGUUUGUUGCAGCUUGGUAACGUGAUGUGCCUACAAGUGGUGCAAUUGUGCAGUGUCAGCAGAAAGCUUGCCUGGGCCUUGGGGCUGGGGGCUGCGGUGCCGCGUGUACGGCAGACAGCGUUUGGCUUCGGCGCGGCACGCGCGCAAGGGGAGUGCGCCCGCUGUCGCGGCGAGGCUUACGUGCAUUUGGUAUAUGGCUGCUGGGUGCUGGCCGAUGGCUGCUGGGUGGCUGCUGGGCGCAGGGGUGCAACAGUUUGCCCGGGCCAGGACAUGCGCCUGGGAUGCCGUGCGUGCUAGGUGGAGGCAGGUUGUCGAUCGUUGUUACAGAUUGGUUGUGCGCAGAUCCAGUCCCGCAACGAGACUCAGGCAACUAGUGAGCCGUGGAGACCCGUCGCGUCUUGCCUGCCGGUAUCGCCUGCGGAUGUGCGGGAGGGAGGCAGGCUCUAGUCGAAGCGGGCAGUGUAGGAACUGCUGAGGGCCGACACUGCUGCAGAGUGCACUAGUACAGGCUAGACUUAGAGGGGGCCAUAAUGCGCUGAUGCAGUACCGGUGAUACCGUACACGGCGACGUUCGCUUGCGCGGCGCGCCAGGGGUGGUGGUGCUGGUGCUGCCUUGACGCGGGGUGUGCCUACCUGUGCCGAGCGCCUCUGGGCGUGAUGCUCGCCGCGACCGCGAUUCUUGCUUUGGUUGGUGCCAUGGAGAACAGCAGAAGGACUCAUGGCGGCGAUGGGAUGCAUCUAAUGCGGCAUCUGCAAAAGGAGCCGCCACACCGGGCCACACCAAUGCGACGAUGCUCUCUGGCUUUCAGAAGCGCUCGCGGUGUCCUUCGUAAAUGCCUCACAUGGCGUAAAGCGCGUACGGUGGAUCCUAGAUAGGCACCUGCCCGCUGCGCAACGUUGGUGUGUGUGUGUGCUUUGCAACAGCCGGGCACAACACAAGCGUACAUGCAGACAGUGGUGCGGAUGUGUACGAACGUGUGCUCGAGCAUGUAGACAGGGGCGCAGGCGUGUCCUUGCCUAGUUAGUAAGACGGACUAUAAGACUGCCAUGUGCGCGGGUGCCACGGAACUGCGUUGCGCUUUGGGGGGGAGGGGGGCCACGUUUGUGUCUGAUGAUGAUAAUGCGUUACAGGGUUGGAAGUGUGCAUUCCUGAACCUGUAACGACACUAACUGAGCCAGUGCGUGUCUGUGUGGCAUUGCAUUGACUGUGGAAUGGAUGGGUGGACGAAUGAAGCGCUUUAGUGACUUGCCUCAAGUGGCAAUCCUUCAGUUGGGCGAGCAACCUUGCCUGCUGAGUGUCUGUGUUACACGAGUGUGCGCAAGGGAAGAAACACGCAGCACUGUGUAGGCGACAAGUGCCUGUAAGUGUGUGUGUUGAAGGGACGGGCAGUGCUCAGGGUGUUAUCCCUGGGCGAAGGUGGCGGCAGACGGGUUACGUGGAACCAUUUACCCCAAUACCCGGAGACGAUGACAAGGCCGCGGUGUCUGUCGGGUGGAAGUAACACCGGACCGUGGCGGCGAGGACAGAAGUGCAGCACCAAUUGCGUUGUACAGUUCGCAGUUACCGGUAACGCAAGUGUCGUGCAUACUUCUGGUUGCGACCGCACUCGCGCGCGGGCCGUGUGUGAGCCUUGGGAUCCAACCGCAAUGCUUGGAUUCGGUAUCCCCAUUGGCAUGCCUUCCUUCAUUGCGCGUGGGCCGAACUGUGCUGGCAUUGCCUGCCUGAUGAUUCGCGCUUGCCGUGCGAUGGAUGGCGUGGUGCAGCCAAGGAUUAUGAAGUGCCUAUGGUAGGCAUUGCUGUUCGGUGGGGCUGUGACCAAAAGCGCCAUACCCCCAGUCCCCCGCCAAAUAUUUGCGCGUGAAACAGUCGUGUGACUAGCUUGUGGAGUAACGGGGCUGCCCUGGAAUCGUCUGAUGUCGCUGGGGGCACACUAGGACUGUAUGAGGACGUUCACAAGUGCUGUAACCGCGGUUACCUUGUGUGCUGCAGAACUCAAUCAACUGCUCAGGCACGCGCUAACUCUGGUGACGGCCUUGAGUCUUGUGAGCGGGAAAGCUUGAGUCCUGACGGGGCUUGAGGGAAGGGGGAUACUUGGGUUGAUGGCUUGCGCUGACAAGGUGUGUCGCCCGAAGUAUGAGCCCUUGGGUGUCCCUCAUCGUGGUGGUAGCGAAGAGGGAACGGCCAGCUACGCCCUUGUGUUGACCUGAAGGUGAAUAACGCGGUCACUACAUUGUCACGAUAAGGUAUG